AUGGAAGCACAAGCACAUGGUAAUUCUCUUCAUCGGCCUUGUGCCUCUGAGGCCUCUAGCAUCUCAGCUACUUCUGAAGGUCCUCCUCUUUCACUCAAAAAAGAAUUAGGAGUUGAUGAGUCCAAUAAGGCCAUGAUCAUGAAAAUGAAAGAAAAAGUUUCCAAACAUGUUUCUGAUCAUGCUGAUCAGCCUGCACCCUCUUUGGGAUCAUCGAGUUCUCGUGUCUUACUCGAUUUGAAGCUUUCAAACGAUGAUUCGAAUCGUGGGUCAUCGAAGGUAGAACUCAAUCUUAUCAAUUCCAUGAAUUCUAGCUCUUCUCAGGUCCCAAACGAGCCUGUAUCCGAUGAAAACACCCAAGAAAAACAACCAGGGAAUAGGGUUUUCACAUGCAACUUUUGCAAUAGAAACUUCUAUUCGUCUCAAGCCUUAGGUGGUCAUCAAAACGCACACAAACAAGAGCGUGCAUUGGCUAAACGACGUCAAGGUAUGGAGAUGGGUGCUUUUGGACAUCCACAUCAUUUUCCUUACUAUCCAUAUUCAAACCUUUCCACACACCCUCUGUAUGGAUCUUUACAUAGAUCAUUAUCAUCAUCAUCAUCACCUCUUGGUGUUAGAAUGGAGUCUAUGAUUCAUAAGCCUUCUUUUCCUUGGUCCUCUUCACCCGGGUAUCGAUUUGGUCACGCUGGUUGGUCUAGGCAGGCCUUAUUGAAUCCACAACCAAACAUGGAUAGGUUAAGGAUGGAAGGGUUUCAGGCACAUAAUGGUGGUUUUGGACUUGCUGGUGGGAAUUCUAGUCCUGCUAUAAAACUUGAGGAGAUUAACACUAAUGCACUUCGCAAUCUUGGUGGAUCUUCUACAAUUAACACAUCAAAAAUUGACAUCAAGCCAACUGUUACCGGUGAUUAUCUUCACCGGGAGGGUCCUCCGAAAAAUGGAGCCCCUGGACUUGAUUUGUCACUAAAGCUUUAG